AUGAAGUUCUUCGCCAUUCUCUCCCUGUGCGCCAACCUCAUCGCCGCCGUCCCAGUCGAAGUUGUCGUCGAAGCCGGCGUCGCCGACCUCGAGAUCCGCCAGACUGGCUUGACCCGCAACGAGCUCGAGUCUGGCAGCAGCUCCGCCUGCCCCAGGGUCAUCUUCAUCUUCGCCCGUGCCUCCACCGAGCUUGGUAACAUGGGAGGCAGCGCGGGCCCCACUGUCGCGGACGCCCUCGAGAGCCAGUAUGGCGCCUCCCAGGUCUGGGUGCAGGGCGUUGGUGGACCGUACACCGCGGAUCUGCCGUCCAACGCGCUCCCCGAGGGGACCAGCCAGGCCGCUAUCAACGAAGCCAAGAGGCUGUUCACCCUGGCCAACACGAAGUGCCCCAACUCGGCCGUCGUAGCGGGCGGGUACAGCCAAGGCACUGCCGUCAUGGCAUCGUCCAUCUCAGAACUGAGCUCAACUAUCCAGGACCAGAUCAAGGGCGUCGUGUUGUUCGGGUACACCAAGAACCUGCAGAAUGCCGGCCGCAUCCCGAACUUCCCGACGUCCAAGACCGAGGUCUACUGCGCCGCCACCGACGCCGUGUGCUUCGGGACACUUGUCAUCCUGCCGGCCCACUUCUCAUACCAGACUGAAGCUGCCGUGGAUGCACCGCGCUUCCUGGCUGCCCGUAUUGGUUGA